UGACCCCUGCAGCCAGCUCUCUGCCCGUUCACUCCUCCCAUGCUGCACCUCUCCUCUCACGUUCUGAGGAGGAGCUCUCUGACAGAUUCGGAGAGCUGACAGAACUUCCUCCCGUGGACGUGUGGGCUCUGUACCCACCAGUUCAGCUGGGAGCCCUCACCUCCCCCUGGGCCAGGAGGCACUCCUGUAGCAAAAAGUGAAGCCCCGCACUGCAGGUGCCCCUAGACUCAGCACAAAUAAAUGUCAAGUGUCCAGAGCCCAGGAAAUCGCUAGUGGGUAUUUAGCUGCCCCCAAAAGAGAAGUAGACUUUCUCCAAGUAAAAUGGAAGAAGCCACCUUUUUCUCCCUCGUAACUAGAGUCAGGGUGACCCUAGUGUGUGGAGGCUCCCACCUCCCUCCCUGCAGCCACCGAGCACUGAUGUUCAGACCUCCAGCUCUGCUGGAGGGGAGGGGCCCUUGCACCCACCGGGGGCUGCAGAGGGAUGGAAGCCCCCUACAGGGAGCAAAGCAAGCGGCUGUGUCUCCAUGGCCACUGUGAGGGCCCAUCUGCAGGAGCCUAAAGGGCCUGCUGAUGCGGCAGAUGACAGCGCCAGCCCCUCUGGCUUGGGCGGCAGGGAGGGCGCCCCCCAGUCUGCUGCUGGUGGAUCCUUGACCCCUCGCCAGCUCUCCUCCGUUCCUCUUCAAGCGCUCUUUCACCUCAGCACGCUGUACUUCACCCUGUACCUCCUGGCCACGCUCCUCAUGAUCACCUAUAAGAGUCAGGUCUUCAGCUAUCCUUGGCGCUGCCUGGUCCUCGACCUGACUCUGCUCCUGCUGAUGGGGGUCCUGGAAGCAGCUCAGCUGUGCCUGGGCACACGUGGCAACCUGACAGAGGCUGAGGGGCCCCUGGCUGCCAGCCUGGCCCUCACGGUGGGCGUCGGCCUUCUCUCCGUCCACUUCUUGCUCUGGCAGACCCUGGUGCUCUGGGCAGAUGCUGUCCUCAGUGCUGGACUGCUGGUGCUCCACGGCCUGGAGGCUACCCUGCAGGUGGUGGCCAUCGCAGCCUUCCUCAGGUAGAUGCCCGCUCGGCCUCUGCAGCUGCCUCCUCCACCCCUUCCAGGCCCCAGCAGUCUCCCCCACUGCCGAGCAGGGUGGUGUUUCUCCUGCUGAUUUGCCAGAGGUGGUUCUGGAUAGUUCGCUAAUUGUCUUUGUUGGGGUCGGGCUGGGACUAGGGCAGAACAAACCCCUAGGGGCCCAGGUGUUGAGAACAGCCAUGGGUGAGAAGCGCAGGGGAAUCCACUCAAGCCCUGGGAGGGGUCCACCAGGGCCAGAGCAGGGAAAGCCCUGCAGAAAAGAGGCUGCCAGAGUGACAACCCCUCGGCGCACCCUGGAGAAGCAGCCGCUGCGGUCCAGGGCUCCCACCAGUCCCCGGGGCGCUCACACUGCCUACCCUGCCCAGUUCAUGUGUCCAGAGCCUGGCUCACUCUGCCACCAGUUCCUCCAGAGCCGCAGGUGGCAGCCCUGUGCCCGGGUGCCUGUCAGGCCUGGGCAGAAUGAUACGCUCAGGGCCCACAAAAGAGCAGGGCAAGCGGGCCAGUCACCUGCCGGUUCUCACCUCCCCACCCUCCCUUCCCCGUGGGUGCCUCUGAGGUCCAGGGCAGCGAGGCUGUGGGGGCAGUGGCCAGGCUGGAGAGCAGCUCCAGCCAUGGGGUCUGAGUGAACCAGGGGACUUCAGUACGUCGCACUCGGAUGAGACAACGAAUUCCACCCCACCUUCAACUUUUCCGUUUGCAGUCUGAGCGUAAGUGCUCUUAAAAAGUAUCUUAGCUGGGCUGGGCUGUGGCUCAGUGGUAGAGCACUUGCCACGCAUGUGCAGGACCCUGGGUUCCAUCCCCAGCACCUUAAAGAAAAGUACACACAGACACGCACACGCACACACACGCACACACACACACACACACACACACACAUUUAGAAAAGAGGGUUGCCAGGUCCGUGGGGCAUGCUUGUCUUCCCAGCGACUCAGGCUGAGUUAGGAGGACUGCGGCGAGUUCACGGCUAGCCUCCAACCUAGUGAGACCCUGUCUCGGGAAAUAAAAGGGCUGGAAUGUAGCUCAGUGGUAGUGCUCCGGGUUCAAUCCCGUGUCACGCAACAAGGGAGCAAAUCAGGGUCCUAGCCGAUCUUCCUAGCAGCUCGCCUCCGUCUCUUGUUUUCUGUUUGGAAUGAUGUUAUGUCCCAGUGUCUGGCUUUGUUUUCACCACAGUUGUUAAGUAAAUAAAUGUUCACACCUGCGUGAA